AUGCUUUGUCGGUAUGAGAUACAGAGCUGUUUCUUCUUGGCUUUUUUAGCUGUCACAGCUUUCUUCAUCAGUGAUGUCCAAGGCCAAGUGUCCCCACCAACAAGACUAAGAUACAAUGUAGUCAGUCCUGACAGUGUACAGAUCUCUUGGAAAGCCCCCAAAGGGCAAUUCACUGGAUAUAAGCUUCUUGUCACUCCAAGUUCAGGUGGAAAAACCAAUCAAUUAAUUCUUCAAAACACUGCAACCAAAGCAAUCAUUCAAGGUCUUAUUCCAGAUCAAAACUAUGCCCUUCAGAUCAUUGCAUUCAGUGAAGACAAGGAGAGUAAGCCAGCACAAGGCCAGUUCAGAAUUAAAGAUAUAGAGAGAAGAAAAGAAACAAGUAAAUCCAAGGUGAAGGAUCCAGAAAAAACAAAUGCGAGUAAACCAGCUCCAGAAGGAAGCCUGUUUACCUGUAAAACUCCAGCAAUUGCAGAUAUUGUGAUACUGGUAGAUGGUUCUUGGAGUAUUGGCAGAUUCAAUUUCAGACUUGUUCGACUGUUCCUGGAAAAUCUGGUUUCCGCUUUCAAUGUUGGAUCUGAGAAAACAAGAGUAGGUCUUGCACAGUACAGUGGUGAUCCCCGAAUUGAAUGGCAUUUGAAUGCCUAUGGCACAAAAGAUGCUGUUUUGGAUGCAGUCCGUAAUCUACCAUAUAAGGGAGGGAAUACAUUAACAGGUCUUGCCUUAACUUACAUUUUGGAAAACAGCUUUAAGCCUGAAGCAGGUGCAAGACCUGGAGUAUCUAAAAUCGGUAUACUGAUCACUGAUGGGAAGUCCCAAGAUGAUGUUAUCCCUCCUGCUAAAAACUUGCGAGAUGCUGGCAUUGAGCUGUUUGCUAUUGGUGUAAAGAAUGCAGAUAUAAAUGAACUCAAAGAGAUUGCCUCUGAACCUGAUAGCACACACGUCUACAACGUUGCUGACUUUAACUUCAUGCAUACCAUUGUUGAAAGUCUUACCAGAACAGUGUGCUCACGAGUAGAGGAACAGGAAAAGGAAAUCAAAGGAACAAUUGUUGCUUCACUUGGGGCUCCUUCGGAUUUGGUCACAUCUGAGGUAACAGCUAGAGGAUUCCGGGUUAGCUGGACCCAUGCACCAGGCAAAGUGGAAAAAUACAGGGUUGUGUACUAUCCUACUCGAGGAGGACAACCAGAAGAGGUUGUGGUAGAUGGAAGUUUGUCAACAGCAGUUCUGAAAAACCUGAUGUCUUUAACUGAAUACCAGAUAGCUGUAUUUGCUAUAUACUCAAAUGCUGCUAGUGAAGGCCUCCGUGGAACUGAAACUACACUUGCCUUGCCAAUGGCAUCAGAUCUGCAAUUGUAUGAUGUGUCACAGAGCAGCAUGAGAGCGAAGUGGAAUGGAGUAGCGGGUGCCACAGGUUACAUGAUCCUAUACGCUCCCCUCACAGAAGGAUUGGCAGCAGAUGAGAAGGAGAUAAAAAUUGGGGAGGCCUCAACAGAUCUUGAACUGGAUGGACUGUUGCCAAAUACAGAAUAUACAGUCACAGUUUACGCCAUGUUUGGAGAAGAAGCUAGUGAUCCCCUUACAGGACAAGAAACUACAUUGCCUCUAAGUCCACCAGCAAACUUGAAAUUUUCUGAUGUUGGACACAGUAGUGCUAAGCUAAUAUGGGAACCUGCUUCCAAAAAUGUAAAAGGCUAUCGCAUCAUGUACGUUAAAACAGAUGGAACAGAAACCAACGAGGUGGAAGUUGGUCGUGUUUCAACACAUACUCUAAAAAGUCUGACAUCCCUUACAGAGUAUACUGUUGCUAUUUUCUCCCUGUAUGAUGAAGGACAAUCUGAACCACUUACUGGCAGCUUUACCACAAAAAGAGUUCCAACUCCCCAGCAUUUGGAAAUUGAUGAAGCAUCAACAGAUAGUUUUAGGGUCAGCUGGAAGCCCACCUCUUCAGAUAUUGCUUUUUACAGAUUGGCAUGGAUUCCUUUGGACGGGGGGGAAUCUGAAGAGGUUGUCAUAAAUGGAGACACAGACAGUCAUGUUAUUGAGGGUUUGUUGCCCAACACAGAAUAUGAAGUUUCUUUGCUGGCAGUUUUUGAUGAUGAAAGUGAAAGUGAAGUUGUUGCUGUUCUUGGAGCUACAUUUGCAUGGACUACCACAAUACCUACCACGGUGACUACUACCAGUACCACAACUUCUAAGCCCACCACAGCAGUUUUUCGAACAGGAAUCAGAAACCUUGUUAUAGGUGAUGAAACAACCUCAAGUCUGAGGGUGAUAUGGGACAUUUCAGACUACAAUGUUCAGCAGUUCAGAGUGACCUAUCUCACUGCGAAAGGUGACCGUGCUGAGGAAGCGGUAAUGGUGCCUGGGAGACAAAACACUCUUCUGCUUCAGCCUCUGCUGUCUGAUACAGAAUACAAAGUUACCGUCACUCCAAUCUAUUCUGAUGGGGAAGGAGUCAGUGUCUCAGCUCCUGGCAAAACUUUACCCCUGUCUGCUCCUAGAAAUUUGCGUGUCUCAGAUGAAUGGUACAACAGAUUACGUAUCAGUUGGGAUGCCCCACCAUCACCAACAAUGGGUUACAGGAUUGUCUACAAACCUAUCAACAUUCCUGGUCCUGCAUUGGAGACCUUUGUAGGGGAUGAUAUUAAUACCAUUCUCAUUCUAAAUCUCUUCAGUGGAACGGAGUACAGUGUUAAAGUAUUUGCUUCAUACUCAACAGGCUUCAGUGAUGCCCUAACAGGCGUAGCCAAAACCUUGUACCUGGGUGUAACAAAUUUGGAUUCCUAUCAAGUCCGCAUGACUAGUCUCUGUGCUCAGUGGCAGCUUCACAGACAUGCUACUGCAUACAGGGUAGUUAUAGAAUCGCUUGUGGACGGGAAAAAGCGAGAAGUAAAUCUUGGUGGAGGGACGCCUAGACAUUGUUUCUUUGAGCUGAUGCCUGGAACCGAAUAUAAAAUCAGUGUUCAUACACAGCUUCAGGAGAUAGAGGGCCCUGCUGUAAGCAUCAUGGAGACAACAUUACCAUUUCCAACUCAACCACCAACAACACCUUCAACACCAUCUCCACCACCUACAAUCCCUCCUGCAAAAGAGGUGUGCAAAGCAGCCAAAGCUGACCUGGCGUUCCUGGUGGAUGGGUCAUGGAGUAUUGGAGAUGAAAAUUUCAAUAAAAUAAUUAGCUUUCUCUAUAGCACUGUUGGAGCUUUGGAUAAGAUUGGUCCUGAUGGAACGCAGGUGGCAAUAAUUCAGUUCAGUGAUGAUCCCAGGACAGAAUUUAAAUUGAAUGCAUACAAAACAAAAGAGACUCUUCUUGAAGCUAUUCAGCAAAUAGCCUACAAAGGAGGAAAUACAAAAACAGGCAAAGCCAUUAAACAUGCAAGAGAAGUCUUGUUUACUGGAGAGGCAGGCAUGAGGAGGGGCAUUCCAAAGGUUUUAGUUGUCAUUACUGAUGGGCGGUCACAGGACGAUGUGAACAAAGUCUCCAGAGAAAUGCAACUAGAUGGGUUCAGCUUUUUUGCUAUUGGAGUAGCUGAUGCUGACUAUUCAGAGUUAGUUAAUAUUGGCAGCAAGCCCAGUGAAAGACACGUCUUCUUUGUGGAUGACUUUGAUGCCUUUACAAAGAUUGAAGAUGAGCUGAUCACUUUUGUUUGUGAAACUGCAUCAGCAACCUGCCCAUUGGUAGUUAAAGAUGGCAACAAUUUUGCAGGAUUUAAAAUGAUGGAAAUGUUUGGUUUGGUUGAAAAGGAGUUUUCAGCUGUGGAAGGGGUUUCAAUGGAACCUGGUACAUUUAAUGUUUACCCAUGUUACAGACUGCACAAGGAUGCCCUUGUAUCCCAGCCUACCAAGUAUUUGCAUCCUGAAGGUCUUCCUUCCGAUUACACCAUUACGUUUCUCUUUCGUAUACUCCCUGACACACCUCAGGAGCCAUUUGCUCUUUGGGAGAUUUUAAAUGAAGGAUAUGAACCACUGGUUGGAGUUAUUUUAGAUAAUGGUGGUAAAACUCUGACUUUCUUUAACUACGACUACAAAGGAGAUUUUCAGACUGUGACUUUUGAAGGUCCUGAAAUAAGGAAGAUAUUUUAUGGGAGUUUUCAUAAGUUGCAUGUUGUUAUCAGCAAGACUACAGCCAAAAUAAUUAUUGACUGCAAGCAAGUGAGUGAGAAGACCAUUAAUGCAGCAGGGAAUAUUAGUUCUGAUGGCAUAGAAGUGCUGGGGAGAAUGGUCAGAUCCAGAGGACCAAGAGACAACUCUGCGCCA